AUGUCUCGGCAGCUUUUCCUCCUGUUAGUAGCUCUAUUUCUUCUCAUCAUAUGUGCCUCUGCUGAGAUGAAACCGCGAGAAGACUUAGUGGGCAGUCCACCGAAAGCGUCCACUCGUUCCGGAAGACCGAUCUCUCCGCGAAAACCAGGAGGUAGUGUGGGCGGUGGAGGGGGCUCUGGGGGCGGCACAGGGGCGCGAAAAGGCCCACCGCCGGUUUCUGCGCCAGGGGCGGGUAAGGGAGGAGCGGGAGGGACGAAAAGUGGAGGCGGAGGCGGAGGAAGUGGCGGAGAUGUGCGGCCACCUGGGGGGAAAAAGCGCAACUCGACCAGCGGUGCCAAGCCGAAGACGAACAGCGACGAUACGCCCCCAGACGCGCCGCCAGACGAUGGUUCGAAUAGUGACACUGGCCGGGUCGCCGUGUUCAGGAACGCGACGCUGCUCUUCCCCGUCAACGCGGCGGCUUUCGCCAUGUCCAUCGCCACAUUCAGAAGCGAACAGGUGGCGCGGAUGUUCACGUACCACGCAAUUAGGGGCGCGUACAAGGCGUGGCAGCUGAAAGCGUUGCCCAUCAACACGCGCCUGCCCACCAUGGAAGGCUCGUUCGUCACCAAAGUGUCCAAAGUCAAUUCGUCCAAGCUCGCGUUCAAGGGGAAGGGCGACAUACCCGUUAGAGUGGUACUACCAGACAUGUACGAGGGCGAAGACAUGUACAUUCAUGGCACAGACUCCGUGCUAGUACCGCCCUCCGUCUGA